AUGUCAAAAGAAAAUAUACUAAAUAAAUACAAUAAUUCAAAAGGUGACUAUAAGAAACAAGACUUUAGUCCUUUACAACAUCAAGUACUACAUAGUGUUGAUGAGACUCAGGAUUUCAUAAAUAAAAAAAUAAUUGAUGAGCUAUGUCAAUUACAUGAAAAUGAAGCAUUUAAAGGAA